CCAGUUUCCCGUCAAUCAAGCGGAUUCACAAAGGUGUUGUUCAGUCGCCUUUGACAGGUACGAGGAUGUCGCCAACAAGGGCACCACGGCUACCGACAACGGUGGACCGUCUUAUUUGUUCCGUUUGUACUUUUUAAGGACUUAAACGGGAUGAAACGGCGCUUACGUUUCAUUUCAGCACCGCUUCAACCGGACGGGGACAGACUGAACCUUUUAAAUGUAGCCUAGCAGCCUGCUAGCCGUUCAUCCGAGAAAGGAAGGCAUUGUUUGAGUUGGAGGCUAACAUGGCAACCGAAGCUAAUGUUAGCAGAGUCGGAUAGACGAGCUUCGCGAAGAUACUGGUGAGUAAUCUUAAACAGCAAAAUACUGACGGUAACUGAUGUUUUAGUGUGAAUAAAAAGAGCGAUAUUUACUCAUUGUGUGUCGUUUCUGUGCUAACGUUAGCUCCGCUUUCUCUCCAUUCAUCACUGUUGUCAGGCAGCUAGCUUACAUAGCUUGUUAGUCCCUUUAUGCUCAACUAGCUUCUACUGUGAAGAUACGAUGAACCACAGUUUUUAUAAGGUUGAAUAUCUGAAAUGUAAAACAUAAUAUAGUGUUGCAUCUAAAUGGAUGAUAUAAACACUUUUCUUUAGACAGUGGGUGGUUAUGACAACCCGAGAGUCUCUAAAUAAGUAUAUUUCUGUGCUAUUAUAGUCCCAACAAUCAUUAUCCAUCUAUUGUGAAUGUCAUUAAGUGUUUUGAGGGGUAACUUGAUCCCCUGUCAGGCCCAGUACAAUGGAUUCAAUUGUAAGUACCAGGCUUUUAUUAGUGCUCUGAAUUGCAGCUUGUGUUAAAGUGUGUACUUUGAAAUGCAUGGGAACAACAAAAUAGCAUUUAUUAUACAACCAUGUUAGCAGAAAGUCUUAAACAAUCCCCUGAGUUCAGCUCCCUGUGUUCUUCUAUUAUUCCUGUUUACUUAAGAGAGGACAUAUGCUCACCUCAGAGUCUAGCCUUGUGUGACAUAAUAUUGUAUCAGAUGUCAGAUUCAGUUUGUACACUAGACAUUUGAUCCACAGUGUCUUUUCAUGAUAACAAAGUUAGUUUAAGUUGUUGUUUUUUUCAAGGUCUCAACCUUACAUUAAUCAAAGAUUGUAUUCACAGAUUUGCAAACUAUAAAUCUAAUAUAGACAUAGGUUAAACUAACCUUUUAAAGGGAUAUUCCAGCGUAAAAGUAAUUUAGGGUCAAACACACUGUAACACAGAGUUAGGCACCCCCUUGAGAGAUGAAUGUCGCUGACCGCUUGCUUCUCUAGUUUUACCAACUUUAGUAACGACCACAGGAUAGCAAUACACAGCAAUCUGAGGAGCCAUAAACAAGCCUCAACCAAAACGCCACUCUAUAGCCACAAAUAAUGCUCAGAACAGCACCUAACUUCAUCAACAGGACAUACUAUAGGGUCCCAGCCAUAGUACCAGCCACCAAAUAUAUUUUUAAAUUUGCCUGAUUUCUUUAGCAAAGAGACUAAACACAACUCACCUACUCUCUUCCAGCAGCCGCUCGUUUGUAGUGAGACCUCUGGCCAGUGCAUUACCGACUACAGCGAGGUGACGCAGCUCAAGGAAGAACAUUUAUGAUCAAUUCUUUAUCGUUUCCUUGAAGUAAUAAUCAUCAUAUUAAUCAUUUUGCACUGCAGACGCGGUAGUUCUUCUGCCUUAGUAUUUCGGUCUGAUGGCAUUUCCAUGAAGAAAUGAUCAUAAAUGUUCUUCUUUGAGCUGCAUCACCCCGCUGUAGUCCAUAAUGGACUGGCCUGAGGUCUCACUACAAACAAGCGGCUGCUGGAAGAGAGUAGGUGAGUUGUGUUUAGUCUCUUUGCUAAAGAAAUUCGUCAGAGUUAAAAAGAUGUCUGGUGGCUAGCACUAUGGCUGGGACCCUAUAUGUCCUGUUGAUAAAGUUCGGUGCUGUUCUGAGCAUUAUUUGUGGCUAUAGAGUGGCGUUUUGGUUGAGGUUUGUUUAUGGCUCGACAAAUAGAUCGACAAAAAACGAUCCAGUUACCUUCAUAAACGGCUUUGUUUUCUUGAGACAGUGAGUUAAAUCAAUCCAUGAGCCUGUUCUCCAUUAUUUGGAAUAAAUGAAAACACAGUUAAAUUAUAUGUGGUAAUAUUAUGGAAACAUGAAAACAUAAAGAAACACCCUUAUUUACUGCAAGUUAUGGAAAAAAAUACAAGAUUAUUGCAGCACAAUUUAUCCCCUCUAAUCAUGACCAAGAACUGAGUUGAAAUGAAUAAACAUUAUAAUCAUCGUGUUUUUUCACACAAAGGCAUCUUUAUAAACAUACAGCCAGAUCAAGAUUGAAGAAAGUCUUUUACACUCAUGAGGAGGGUGUUUGUUUUUUUCUCCUUUUUCUAUUAUGAAAUAAGCCUUAAUUUGUUUGACCUACAUUUUAUUUUCCUUUGAAUCUGGUGUCCACUAUCGGCAGUGUUGAAUCAACUCAUUUUACCCAUAAGACACUGAAUUGUUGGUGAAUUAAGUAACACAAGCGGUGAUCAGUCAAAGACUCUGGUACAGUAGAGGACACCUCAUACCCGUGAUGGGCUUAUGUAAUGCACCUGAUCUUCUUGAGUUUUAGCCAGUGCUUUAAGUACUGCACUGAAUGUUUAAUAAAGGGAUGUGCACAUCUAUUUUUACUUAUACGUGCCCUUCAUAAAAAGUUUGUCUCAGUUUAAAAAAUACUACAGGAAAGUUUCAGUACCAACUAAGGACAGUUUUUGAAACAGUUUGUCUUGUUUGUGUUGGUUGAGAUCCACCAGUGUAGAUGUGAAUUCUUGUGUUAUGUAAUUGUGCAUGUGCAUAUCACCUAUCGUAAACAUCCCAGAAUGUCCCUGUACACAUCCUCCCUAAUUAGACUCCCCCCUCACGCAAGAAGUUGUUUGUUGACACUGAGGGAAAGGUCAUUCAAUAAGUGCAUUCAUUUGUAAUUUAUAAGGCCUGUCUAUCCAAACUUAGUCUGAAAAUCUGAUUUGAUUGCAAAGUUAAUAUGCAAAUAUCAGAAUUCAGAGCAUAAAUUAUCACAACUAAAUUUGGGAUCUCUGGGAAGUACACCAAGUUUAGUGAAGAAUUGGAUUACAUGAGCAGGAAAUGGUGAAAUUAAUCAGACCUUCAAAAAAAUCAUACAAUGCUUUUUUUGUGUGUGUUUACAGCUGAUGUGGUGAUCCUGCAUGAUGUGCGACAGCCGUGAAGCCAGUGAGCCGCACCUGUCCCUCUUUCCCUCAUCGUGGGCCGGCCCUCCGGUUUAAGCAUCUUCCUGAAGUCUCUCUCCCAAGCUGCAGACAUGACAGACAGGAAGGAGCCACCGUUCUUCAAUGACGACAGCGUGGGGGCUUUUCAGUAUAAGCUCCCUUUCUAUGACACUAUGGAGCUCUUCAUAGAGACCCUGACAGGGACGUGUUUUGAGCUGCGUGUGCUGCCCUUCGAGGCCGUUAUUUCAGUCAAGGCAAAGAUCCAGAGACUAGAAGGUACGAUGUUCACUUGUUUGUUUUUCUUGUUUUAGCCAGCCUCUAUCAGAAUUGUGCACUACUUAUACUAUCAAGUGCAUUUAGUCACUUAUAAUAAUAAUAAUAAUAAUAAUAGUAAUAAUAAUAAUAAUAAUAAUAACUUAAUUUUUAUAGCACUUUUAAAAACAGAAGUUUACAAAGUGCAGACAAGACAAAUGAAAAACAAAAGCUCCGUUAAAAACAAGACCUCCCAUUGAAGGCCAUUGUCAUUUGUCAUAAGAAAUCCAGACAAUACAAGAACCCUACAACAUAAAACAAGACCAUGAGGACCAAAAUAAAAACACAAGAUAGGUAAGAAAAAGAAAUGUAAGAGGGGGGUAGAGGGCAGGAAACAGGAUAGUAAGUAUAAAAAGAUGAUAACGAUAUAACAAAAUAAUAAUGACACUUGUCACCCUGUCAUUAGUUUGAGAUCUUAUAUUAUUUAUAAUUGAAUGGACUGUGUAUAAUAUAACACAAAUAUGACCACCUAAUGCAUUGUAGAGGAGUUAGCUUAAAGUACAUUUACAUCUGCUGUCUCUUGGCAGGUUACAAUUGAAACAUCACAUAGUUGAAAUGCAUUCCGAACACAAAGAAGAACAUUAUAAAAAAACACAAAUAAAUGCUAAUGCAGGCACACACUCACAGACAGGACAGCUUAUGUUUUUCCCAUUAAAAGCAGUGCUACAGAGUCGGUUACUUCAGAGUAUCUUUCAGUAGAUCUAGUGUGUCUGUUCAGUCUUCUGGGUUUUGCUGCUCAGUAUUCAGCUGCUCUGUGGAGCCGUCUUAAUCCACUUCCCAAAGAAUCUUGUUGACUUGGAUCAGAGCUCCUCGCCAAGCUUAUCAUAGUGAGAAAGAAAGAGAUGCCAAAAAAUCAAAAAGGCAUGCUUAUCCUGAGUUUUCCUCCAACAAUACUUACUGCAACUGGACUUCUUGGCCAGAUAUGAACAGGGAUAGGAGCAGUACUUUUUUAUUUGAAAGUGAUUCUUUUCGAUUUUUUACCUAUUAUGGUCCUGAUUUAAAAAUUCAUAGUUAAAGCAGCACAAGCUGAGAUUUGUGCCUCACCAGUGUGCAGCUCAGUCGUGGGUGUUCAAUAAAUUUCAGUGAAUCACGACACCAAACCUCCCCAUGAGCUAUGUGUUGAUGAUAAUGCGAACUUAUAGGAAUACUUCAGGCUGUUUGAUUUCUUAGUAAGAUGCCACAGCCUUAUGAUAUAGAUGAUAGUAAUACAGACUCACCUGUUGUUUGAUCCUCCAAGAGAUGCAGCAGGGGCAUGCCGGUUUUUGAGGGCACUGACCGCCAACAUACCUUACACAUCGGCGUAAUUUCUCGACGUCACUUUGGAGAUACCCGAACCACCGCCACACAGCAGACGUGAAAUAGUUUUUGUUCUCAACAAUAACAUCUUCGGAGGACGACCCAAAGUCAUGGCUGACAUCUAUUUUGCUGACCUCAGCUCCGGGUUUAGCUUCCCGUUCGGUCAUUCUGCUUACUUCUCCAGCAACUUACAGAAGUGAGCAGAAUUGACUCUGAUUGGCUGUUGUGACACACAUUUCCGCCAUGUUUGAUUGAGUAAAUAUGCUCCCAGCUGAUCACAGUGAUCGAACUGAAAUUUAUCACGAUCAUCGAUCACGAAGUUGGUAUUAAAUUUGUUUUUAUGCAAAUAACCAAUGAGAUUUUUUUUUAACCUACAUCUUUUUUUCAUCAUCGUGUUUUUCCUCCUUAGGUUGAUAUUUGUAGAUGGAGUGGGCUCAUUGUUCUCUUUUGAUUUCACUUUGGUGUAGAAAGAGCUCUCUGUGCUCUGUGGGAGAGGAGGUGUGUCAGCCAAGCCUUUGGGGUUUGUCACGGAGUAAAUGCGCUAUGCGAGAAAAUGGCCACAGCUCACUCACUUACACUGGCUCACCUCCAACUCUAGAUCUGGAGGUUCACUUGUGUGGGUGCAGAAAGCUUCCUUACUCUUCAUGCACUCGCUCUUAUACUGAGAAGAAGCUCUAGUUAGCCUUUAAUUCAGCCACGGUCCUCCUGCUGCAGUCCUGUGUUUUUGAGCUCGUCGCUUUCAUAUGAAAUUCAGUGUAGAGGUAACAUAGACAAACUUCAUGUAUUUAAGAUUUUCAGCAGUAAGAUAAGCUUUAAACAUUAUACUGUAUUGACAUUAAAGCAAAUUCAGCUUUGGCUGUCAGUACUUGUGUUCACCUUCCAACAGUUAUAUAGUUGUGUCUCUAGGGGGCAGACAUGGUUCACCUCAGUGCUGGAUGAGUGCCUCCGUUGUCAGCCUUCCCUUCUUGCAUGUCUGUCAAAUAAAUGAACUUUAAAUACGAACAGUAUUUUUUUUUUUUUUCAACUUUGCUUUUUUUUCUCUCUUCUUAACUUUCCCACCCCCACCCCUACUGUCUUUAAAGGUAUCCCUGUUGCCCAGCAACAUCUUAUCUGGAACAAUGUGGAGUUGGAUGAUGAACAUUGUCUACAUGACUAUGGGUACAUAUUUUUGUCUUUUCUGUCUGUAAGAGCACUGACACUGAGGGAAAAUCGAACAGAUCGUAAGUCUUCAGCGAUGUGUUUGAACAAAGCUCUGCACACACAGUCAGAACAGUUUCUCUUUGUACUAAAGGAAUGGGUUGAUAGAAGUAGGGUUGUAUUAGUAACAUGUGACGAGUGAGUAAGCAAGUAACAAUCCACUCCCUAGUCAUAUGUUUAGUGGAAGAGGGGGGAGGUAUGUAUUAAGAGGGGAACGCAAUUUAAAACAACCAGGCGUUUGUACCACACUUAAAAUCAUGUGUCUAACCCAAUGAACUUAAACAAAGCAAAACUAUAGCACAGUUUAAAAGUAAAUUAAGGCAGAGUAUGAUUGAAAUAUACAUACGAAAGUGAUUUUUGUUUUGCCACACUUAUUAUAUUUUAUAUGGGUAUGGUACAAAUGGUAGGCAGGAAGGAUCUCACCAGAGGCUGUAUGUUACAAAUGGUACAGAAAGAUUUAGAAGAUCCAACAGCCAUCAGGCUUUAUAUGUAAAUAAUAGAUAACUUUUAUAGACAUAUUAGGUGAGACAACAGACAUUUGAAUUUCCCUUCAGGGAUCAAUAAAGUUCUUCUUAUUCUUAUUCUUACAAAUGAGAGAUUUGAAGUAUUCUAUGAAGUGUGUAUAUUUGUAUAUAUAUGUAAAGGUCUUUGUUUUAGUAUUAAUGAUUAUUUACUUAUUCAUGUUAGACUUUGGAGCUUUGGUUCCUUUUUGGCAACAUAAAAAAUUCUACAGACGUGCAAAGGGUAAAUGAAUAGGAAGGAAUGAGGGUAGGUACAUAUAAGCUAAACAGCUUCAACCUACUCCUUUUCGAUCUUCAAAUAAUAGGGAAUUUCUUGUCUAAAAUUGUACUUUAUGUAUAUUCGACCGAAUAAACAAUAGUCAUGCAAUAGAUGCUGGUCAGCUCUGACUCUUGAAUAAGAAAAGCCACAAGCUAGGCUACAGUUCCACAUGGUAAUUUAGUGUAAUUUCAGUGUAAGUCUACACUCUGCUUAGGAAUUUUUCAGCGCUUUAACCAUAAAAAAAAACACUUGGUUGCACAAAACAUACACAUGCUCUUCAGCCGCACUGUAUACAGAUAUACUGUAUUCAGGGAAUUUUUUAUAUUUUGCGUGUACACCUACUGGUGACAUAUAUAAUCUCACUUCAAAAUACUAAUCUGUCCCUUUAAAAGCCUUUUGUUUUUGCCUUCAUCUUGUGUUAUUCUUAUGAACAUGUUGUGCAGAGCCUAAAGACAUCAGCUUUGAUCAUACAGAAAGGUUUUUUUUUUUUCCUCAGGCUAUAAGAACUUCAUGUGCUGUUAGUUUGGCUGUAAACACCUUUUUAACCCUUAGUUGAACAACUAAAUCAGGACGAGUACAUGCUGGUAUUUUUCUCUAAUUUGUUAGAUUCAAGUAUUUAAGAUCCGUGACUUAACCUCACAGAAAACCAUGGUUUGGCUUAGGACAGGUGAUUCUGGGGUUGCCUAGCAACACAAGAAAAAUGCAGCUAGUUGCUCUGUUUCAAAUUGUAGGCUUCAACAAAACAAGCAGUUUGGUGCGCUUCACAUUCUGCACUAUGCUCUCCGUCUGCUCUGGGCCAUACUGGUCAUAUUAAAUAGAGCUCACCCAUGCACUCUUGACAGUUUAUGAGAUGCAGGCCUCGGCUUCUGGAGCUCUGCUGGUUGCAGAUGGUGGUAUUGUUAUGAAUGCUUGUCACUUAAUUUUCCACAUGAACAGCCUCUGGUGAGAUCCUUCCUGCCUAUCAUACUGCAGCUUCCUUUGAAGUUGGAGAAGCAGAGGAGGAGAUCAGGCAGUAAAACAUCUGCUCAUAUGAAACAAAUGUUCAGAUGGAAUUCCCGGUCGUUCACUUUUGGUUCAUCUGAAAAUAGUUCUGACCCUCAGAGUGCUGUUUACUUCAGAGCGUAGCCUCAGGAGUGAAGGUUUUUACCCUGAAUUCAAAUAUGUUGACGAGUUGAUUUAUUCUGCUGUAUUAUUCACCGCUGUGUUUUCCUUCGCAGCAUUGCAGAGGGCUGCACUUUGAAACUAAUCUUGGCUAUGAGGGCAGGCCCAAUCAACACCAGGAGAGGUAUGUCAAACACAUUCACACAGAUGUGUGGACAGCUGAGCUUAAUACCCAGUACAGAGGGUGUAAAAUAUGCUGCCGCUGGUGCUUUAACUGCAGUAUCUGCUCAAAUCUUCUGCUAGUAACACUAGAGGAUCCCAUCAAAGAGGUGGCUGACCUGAUGGAGAGCUCCAAGGAGGAGGGCUGGGAGAAAACCACGUCCAACAAACAGGUCACGUUCGUGGUUUACCGCGAGGGCGACCAACUGAAUUUCUUUCGAGUGGUUGACAGAGGAGAUGGCACCCUGACGCCUCUGUCUGAAUCUCUCAGGUUGGACAUUUUUAGCAUAUUUUUCACUUUUUCCUUUUCUUUUUUUUUUUUUACCUUUUUAAGUGAAAGAAGAACUGGACCAGUUAUAUGGUGAAACAUUUAUAAAAGUACAACAAUUCAGUCAGCCAGCCAGUGUGAGGAUGAGUGCUUGACAUUGUUUAUUCAGCGGUUUUGUUUAGUCGUGCAGCUUAUUUCAUGUCCACUGCGGCAACAAAUAUUUGCCUGUGAGCAGGAAGACUGAAGAGGCUGCCAUUAAGUAGACAGCUUUGUUACAUCACUAAAAGGACGAGUGUUUCCGCCUCUCAUAUUUUUCUAGUGGUGGUUCAGUGUACAAUGCGUGUGCAGAUGAGGAGGAGGAAGGAGCGACUUCGGCAGCUGCUCAGCACAGCCUUGAGAACUCCAUCACCAUGAGCAAAAUGAAGCAACUCAAGGCUAAGAUGGAGGACAUGAACCUCAGCAAAAAGGUUGGAUGCUGCUUGGAUCACAGAAACAUUUGUUUUAAAAAAUUAGUUAAUUACUUAAAUAAAAAAAACACACUGGUUAUGUAAAAGUUUCUCUUCUUUCUUUUGUUUUUAAUUGAAAAAUGAAUUAGCUCGAGUUUUUGCUCCAGCUCUGUACGAUUUUAUGCUCAGUGUUAUUGGCUCAUGUCAGUUUUCUAACUAAAUGAAAAUGUUCAGUAAAGCAGAAGGGCUUUGUUGGUGUAACCCCAAGUCUCUGUGUCUCCACUCUCCAGCCGAAAAAGCCAACAAAGAUCAAACCACGGCCGCCCGUCAGCCCUCACCCCUGCGGCGGCUCUCUGGGACCACCAAGCACACGACACCACCAUCGCCUCUUUCGCUCGCUCGCUCAGAUCAACCAGCCACGGCAGUCAAAUGCACAACUACCUCCGAUCCCUGACCACAAAUCCAUAGACCCCUUCCCCUCCUCUGCUGCUGCAUCCGCUGCUUCAACCUCCGCGCACUUGUCCAUCCCCAGAAGACCUCCGCCCUCUUUCUCUUCGCCUUCUUGUUAUAUGCUUCAAGAGGAGGAACCGUGGGAGACAUGCCCCCCUUUUGCAAAAAUCCGGCCCCCUCCCAAAGUUUCCCAGUGUGACAUCGGCAGCACCAGGUUAAUGAGGGACUGUGUCUACCCUCAGCUCCCUCCACUGUAUAUCAGGGGACCACCAGAGGCCACCUAUGACCCCUCUGAUCCAGCAGCAGAGGCAGUGGGACUGGGUUUGUUGGAGGAAGCUGCUGGGCUGGUGUUGCCAUCACAACCUGGAGCUCAGUUCGGGGAACUCUCAGACCCACUAAGUCUAGAUGUGUCCGCACAGCCAGAGGGAGGCUGCCAUUCCCUUGCAGUCGGGGCCCAGCACCAGCUGCCUCUCUCCCCCUCCCCACUGAGUACCUGGAUGCUCGGGACAAAUGAAACUCUCACAAGUAGAGCUGAUAGGACUCAGCUUGGCACAUCGUUCCACAUUAGUCCCCCCUCUCCCUUGCCCACCUCACCAUCCACAUCCACCAGACCUCUGCCUCAGCCUUUUGAUUCCACUCUGUCCUGUUUACACCCCAACCUCCAAGCACAAGGUAGACCAGGGAACAUGUCCCCUCUCCCCACCACCAGUUCAUCCCUUUAUCCUCCACGCCUUCGCGGUGUUAAAGUGGAGUCGCCUGGCAAAAGGCCAGAGCUUAUCUCCAAAAGGGAAGCAAGGGGCAUCACUCAGAUGGCCAACCAAGCCUGUAAGGAGCCGCUGGGCUCUUUGAGCAACACCGAGCUCAUGGCUUCUCUCUCCAAAAGACCUUCAGAGAUCAGCAACAACAGGGAUGGUUACGGAGAGAGUCUGGGGCUUGCACUGAUGUUUCCUCCUGCCACAGCCUCAGGACAGGGUGGCCUCAGCUCCAGGCUGCAAUCCACCCAAACUAACAGGCUCCAAGAUGAUCUCCUCAGACAGAUGUCACCUCCACACCGAGCGGCAGCCUCUUGCAUGGUGAGUACAGAUAUAUGUCAAUAUUUGCCUUGAAGAUUGAAUGUGUGGAUCUCUUGUCCUUUUUGGGGUCUGCAAACAACAUUUCCUGCAGAUUCAUCACUUGGAUGUGAUCGGCAGAGUUACUACCAUUUUCGGCUUUCUUAACGGAGCAGAUGCUGAAAAUGAGGAGAUCUAUUAGAGUUUCUUUUUUUUUAUAUUUGUUAGAUACAGUAAUUUGAUGUAAUACUCACUGAAUUGGUCAAAAUAUUUCAGUCACAGUACGUACAAAGAAACGUAAUUGGCUUUUAAAGGGAUAUUCCGGCGUAAAAUUAAUUUAGGGUCAAACACACCGUAACAAACAAACAAACCUCAACCAAAACGCCACUCUAUAGCCACAAAUAAUGCUCAGAACAGCACCUAACUUUAUCAACAGGACAUAUAGGGUCCCAGUUAUAGUACUAGCCACCAAACAUCUUUUUAACUUUGACUAAUUUCUUUAGCAAAGAGACUAAACACAACUCACCUACUCUCUUCCAGCAGCCGCUUGUUUGUAGCAAGACCUCAGGCCAGUCUAGUACCUACAGUACCUACCUACGGACUACAGCGGGGUGAUGCAGCUCAAGGAAGAACAUUUAUGAUCAUUUCUCUGUCAUUUCCAUGAAGUAAUAAUCAUCAUAUUAAUCAUUUUUCACUGCAGACGCUGUAGUUCUUCUGCCUUAGCGUUUCAGUCUGAUUGUAUUUCCAUGAAGAAAUUAUCAUAAAUGUUCUUCCUUGAGCUGCGUCACCCCGCUGUAGUUAUGUACUGUUAUGUCCUGUUGAUGAAGUUAGGUGCUGUUCUGAGCAUUAUUUGUGGCUAUAGAGUGGCGUUUUGGUUGAGGUUUGUUUAUGGCUCCUCAGACUGCUGUGUAUCGCUAUCCUGCGGUCGUUAGUUGGUAUAACUAGAGAAGCAAGCUGUCGGCAACAUUAAUCUCUGGAGGGGAUGUCUAACUCAGUGUUACGGUGUGUUUGACCCUAAAUUAUCUUUACGCUGGAAUAUCCCUUUAAACAUAAUGUCUACUGCAAAUCAGAGGUAUUGUCACAAUAGUUAGAGUCCGUCUGUUAAUUCCCUUCCAGUUAGAAGAAACAUAGAGUCUCUUUAAAAUGUGUUCUCCUCUAACCAAAAUAGUCCUCCAGUUUUUGACAGUUUUCUUCACUACGACAGAUACUGCAAAUUUUUCAUCACUUUUCUGCUCCCGCUGAGAACUUUGAGCUCGUUUUCAAUACGUCAUUUCUGAAACCUCUAUAUUUCUCAAGAUAAAGCACUGCAAUACUUUUAUUGAUUUGGUGUACAAAUAUUUCAUGUUGCUGUUAUUUUCUCAGGCCGCAAACACUCUUGCAUCAGCUGGUGGAGUCAUGACUUCAUUCGGGAGAAUAGGUAAGAGAGACACUCAGACACCGUUACGAUUUCGAGAGGCUCCGCGCAGCGUGCCAAACAAACAGCCCCGAACUGUAAUAUCAUUCUUGAAAAGGAGCAGUCACAUAGAAGAUUUGAUGUGAGAGGCUUUAGCGUGUGCUGUAAGAGAGCUACAACAAAGCACCGCGAGGGUUUUAAAUAUUCAUUAAUGCUACGACUGCAGAAGCAGCAUACACAGCAGAAGGGACCGGCUUUACACAGAAGAACACUCACUCAUUUGUGUCAGCCACUGAUAUGCUUCGCCUCUAUAGACAAUAGAACAAGUUGUGCUGUUCUCAUGUUCCCUAUAUCACUCUUAACAGCGUCAGUGUUUCCCAGAAUUCGUGUUGACAGCAGACAGCAUGAAACAGCCCAGCAAACAGGAAUGAUUUACUUAUUAAUCUGCUUCUUUAACUCUAUUUUCUGAACAAGUAAAAGUAAAAAAAAGAUAAUAUUUAAGAAUUGUUUUGGUUGGGGACAAAUGUAUUUGUGUGGCCUCCCCACAUAAGAGACAUGGAGUAUGCUGACUCUGGUGUUCAAAAGAGAUUAAUUAACCCCUGGAGCUUGUUUUUUAAUCCUGUUUGAACUCACAGAGUCUGUUUAUUAAAAACGAACGGUGAAAUCUUCUCAUUUACAUAAUACUUAAUUCAGAUUUCCUUUUUCCCUUGGCAGUAAUCGCAACUUUUGUUCUUUUCGAGUUUGCUUUUGCCAGAUUUGAACACCUACACUUUGGCAUUUUCUCCCAGUCUUCAAUUUUAGAGGCUCUAAAGUGCUGUGAGAUUUUAGAGAAAAGAAUUGGAAAACAGUUUAUCUAUUUCCAGUCUGGUCUAAGUGUAGUCCACAUUAGGUAUCUGUCUAGAAGAAUUUAGUAAUUUGGUGUUUUAUCCUCAGAAAAUGGAGAAAGUGUCCAUUUGGAUAAAGCUUUUAUAUUUAUAGAAAUGACUGUUAUUAACUUUGGCAUGAAUGGAGCUACUUCAACAGAAAACUGUUCCCCUGAAUCCAGCGACUUCCUCGUGUUUCACUCAGAGGAACUUCCCCAGAAUUUUGAAGGGAGGCUGAAACUUGUAAACCUGGUUUAUCAUGUUGCUUCAUCAACAAACAUCCACUGUACUUUGAGCUCACCACAUAUCUUUUUCAGCUCCAUGAAGUAAUUCGAACCUUUAGCUGUCAUCAGAGACAAGAAUGCAGGUUGACACAAACAAACAUAAAACACACUGAUGUAAUUUACAGUCAGAAAUCACCUUUUCUCCCUGACUGUAAAACAGGCCCGCUCUAUGCACAGAAAAAUCCCACUUCAGAUCCUCUUUGAUGAGUCAGAUUAGGAUUGUGAGCAGUGAAAAUGCUUAAUAAGACGCCGUCAAAUCUUUAAAAAUCUGGAAUUUAUAAAAGAAAAUGUUGAGGACCGGCUUUGGUCUGAAAAUCUCUAAACCCACUCAGUGUGUACGAUACCAGAUUAAAGUGAACUGGACAAAAAAUUAAUCCAAUCCCACUCUGCGCUUCUUGACAGCGAGCUCCCUGCACCUUCACGGCAGAGCUGUCAGUUUUAUCUCUGCGCCUGUUUCCUCCGAGCUCACAAACCCAGCAGAGCUUCAUGCUCCCGCAGACACAGUUAUCACUGAUGCGAGCUGACAUAAACCCGUGUUUCCUGACUUAUUUUCUCAGAUGAUGACAGGACUCGGAUGGCAAAGCGUGAAAUUUCCCUGAAAGGAAACGUUACCUGGCUGACAAUUAUACGACUUCUCCUCUGUAAAUUGAGCGCGGUUGAUUAUUUCCAAAUAUACCGUAGAUCAUAAACCGUCUUGAUGUAACCUGCCAGGAUGUAAAGGAACUGUCAAUAAAACAUGGUAUGACUGUGUUUUUAAUGCAUGUCCUGGGGGUGUUGGAAAACAAACAUGAGGAGAGAUAAGUGGACAUGGUACAUGACGUGAUAACUCCACAUGAGCUUUGAAACGAUCACAGAAUUGAGACUCAGACUGAACGCAGUAAAACAACAAACACUGACAGGAAUCUUUACAACGUUUUGCAUUUCCUGGCCUCGCUUCAGUUUGUGAUUUUGGAGCGAUUGUUGUUGACUUUUUUUUACAGCUGGUGAAAGAGGCUGACCUCACAGCUAAGAGGGACAAAAUACCUGCAAGUCCUGAAUAGAGACAGCAGCUGUUCUGCUGCCAGCUGUGAUUAGUCGUCGAUAUAACCCUGCUGUUACGGGUGUGCAGAAUCGGCUAAAAAUGAACACUGGUAUUUUAGGGGAGUUUGUCGUGUGUUUGUUUUGGAUUGGCUGCUCACUCCCAAAGCUUUUCAUACUCUUCAGUUAAUUCGCAGACGGUGAAACAAGUUAGUCUUUGAGAUAUCUGUAAGAACAACUGCAAAUAGCCGACUUUUAAAACCAAACUACCUUCAUGCCAGUGAGGAGGAUCCACAUGUAGCAGUGUCAACACUGAGGCUGGUUGUGUUUGCGUUUUGUCGUCUGGUGCUGUUUCUUCGCUCAUUUUUCAUUUCAGCUGCUAGCUUGUUAUGAUGUAUGAAAAAAAUUGAAGUGCUGUGAUGCUGUGUGCAGGAAGUCUAAAAUGGUGGCAUUUAAGGCGCCAGUUGGUUUAUUGAUUUGAGUAUACAGCCCAUGUAAAGACGCAACCGUCCACAUUGCAGUUUAUAUCUUCAACGGCAACACAGUGGAUAUAUGGAAAGCUACAGAAAACAAAGAGGCGUAAAAUUGGCUUAGCAAGCUGGAUAUCAACAUGCAGAGUCGUCUCAUAAGAAUAAUCUCAGCAGACAAGUCAAAUAGAGUGAGGCUCAAACUGCUAAAUGUGGAUCUGCUGCAACAAGAAACAACUUCAGAAACAACUUCAGACUCACUGUGUCCAGUUUUCCACCUGCUCGUCUUGACUAAAAAAAAAGAGAAGCAUGAUGAACUGAGAGCGCAACCAGGACGGAGUCCAGCAGCAGAAAACUCGAAUCAAAAAGGCACAGAUGAUGAUGAUGAUGAUGAUGAUGCCACUUAUCCUGCUGUUUUAAAAAUUAGUUAAAUUCCCGUUGACCUUAGAACCUGAUCCUCUGGUGGCUGUUUUUGGUUUUGGUGCCGAACCCUGGCGUUUGCCUCCCUCCAGGCCAGACGUGCGGUUCUCCUUAGAUGGAGGGACGCUUCCCCGCCCUCUCACAGUCAGUGCCUGAAAGACCUUACGUCUUGUUUAGACGUUUAGAAGAUUCUUUACUCGGUCGCAGGUAAUGACAGAAAAUUGGAAAAGAUCUGGGGACCUUUUCUAGACUACAUUCAGAAACUCUCAUCAUUUUGAAUCAACACUCUCCUCUUCUAGUUGUUUUCUUUUUUAAAUAUACAUCUGUGAUGUUUUAUAAUCAUACAAUUUAAAUUCUUCUCUCUUUUAUGGACUUUUUCAGUUCUCAGCGACUCGUCUACAUAUGUAUUUCUCUUAACCUACAGCAGUUCAUUUAACCUAUUCUCUUUUUACUUUUUAUUUCUCAACAUCUUUUAUAUUUCAAAAUCUACAAAACCCGAAUUCCAGAAUUUGUUAUUUAAGCACAGUAAUAGGAAUAUCCAGCAGUAGACAGGGUCUUGAGGGAAAGCAGGUGUUUGUGAUUAAAGUUUCCUUUGUAUAAUUUGUAUAAAACUAAAAUAUUGUUGAGUAAAAAAAUUCCCGUCGACUACUGAAUCAGUUCACCAGUAGAAUAAACUUUUCACCACACACUCAGAAACCCCACUCCAGCUUGUGUGAAAUCAAUAAAAAUGUUCCCUGUUUUUUUUCCAGGCACUCCGACAUACCACCUACCUCCAGUCAAGGCCCCCACAGGCAGCAAGAAGAAAAGCUCAAAGCAUUGCUUCCUCUGUGGCAGGAAGACUGGCCUGGCCACCAGCUACGAGUGCAGGUACAAGUGCCUCCAGCGUUUCCAGCUGUGCCCGCUCACUCCCUGCCUGAAUCUUAAUCAAACCUCCCUUUACUUGUCAGUCUUGUCCUUGAAGCACCCCUUUUUAGUAGAAAUCGGUCUUUUCCGACUUCAUCAUUUUGUCUCCCAGCACCUCUCUAGUGAGGACACGUCUCUUCUGCCACAAGUUGUUAACAUUAUCAAAGUUUCCCCCAACAACAUCAAUCUGGAUCCCGUCUCUCGCUCGCUCUCUCCCGAGGCCUUGUCCAGCACACACUCUCUGAAUCUGAUGCAACUGUGUGUAACUCUAAUAUCCCAACACCAACCCCCUUGAAGUGUUGGAACCGUUAAAGCAGAGCUCUCCGACUGUGUUCAAAGACCUAAGUGGUACCAGUUUAGUCAGAUGGCAAAGAUCUGUAAUUAAAUGACGCGAAUAAUUUACUCAGUAUCACUGCUUCUAAACGAAAUGAAUUAGACAUCUGAAAGUAUUACUCUUGUACUAACAGGGUGUUUCAAAGAGGGAGAUUAAAGAACAAAAAGAGGCUUUUAUUCUGAGAAAACCUCCUUUUAUUAAGGAGGCAAAAAUAAGCAGCUGUGACCUGAUGUUUGGAGUCAGCUGAAUGGCAUGAGAUUGGAGCCGAAGUUUGCUAAUAAUGAAACUGAAAGUGUUUUUCUACUUACCGUGGGGUCGAUCGCGGGUCAAACUGUGGAAAAAAAGCUUUUGAAUGCACGGACACUCAGGGCUUGACACUAACUUUCUGCACAUGUGUUCCUGAGCUGAAAAAGAAAGGAGCACAAAGAACUUUAGGGGCACAAUGAAAACUGAUCAAAUAAUGUUUGUCUUAUUGGUCGACAUAAGUGCUAUUAUUUGAAGUCAAUUUUAGGUCUUUUGGUCACAUGACAUGGAAGCUAUUGAUGGAAAUGUUCAAAAUUUGCCUUUAAAUUUAACACAAACAAAAUGUUUAGAGGACAAAUUAGGGAAAUAAAGAAGUGUGUCUUAUUGUCUGACCUUAGUACGAUUAUUUAAAAUCAAUUUUAGGUUAAUAGGUCACAUGACAGGGAAGCUAUUGAAGGAAAACUGCCUUGGUGAAGAGAAAUGUCCCCAUGGUGACCAAUAAAUCUAUCUAUCUGUCUGUCUGUCUGUCGAGCCCUGAAACACUUUCCUUUUACCUCCACAGGUGCGGUCACAACUUCUGCGCCAGCCAUCGCUACGCAGAAACACACGACUGCACGUUUGAUUACAAGAGCGCCGGACGGAGAUUCCUGCAAGAAACCAACCCUCUCAUCAGCGCUCCCAAGCUGCCUAAGAUCUAAAACCCGACAAACACUCGCCUCUCAGGAGGGACAGCCUGAAGAACUCCAGGUUAAGACUGAUUGAACAUUCGAGGUUCUGCUUUGUGACUUUUCCAGCAGAAAGAAGGAACUUAUUCACCACUGUGUGCUCUUUUUUUUUCUUUCUUUCUUUCUUUUUUAAAAUCUGCCAAGUUUGAGAUAUUCUGUAAAAGCCAAGUGUGAACAAACCAGAGAAGACUGAAACGGCACAGAGCUACUUAUCACCUCUUGACAAUGUGAAGAUGUUUAUCCUUUAACCCGUUACUUUUUCCUGUUUCUUUGCCUGAGAACAAAUCACAAACUGUGCAUGUAUGUAGGUAGGUUUUUUUGCUCAAUAUAUCUGCUGCACGUUCAGACAUUUCUACUUUUUAGUUUUGAUGGUUAUUUCGGUUUGUUUCAGAAGGACCACUUACGGCUUUUCAUCGGACAAGUCUUUGACAGAUGCACUUUAGAGCGUAUCAUAUUUAUACAUUUGACUUUCCCUCACGCUGAGGGGAAGAUGCUUCAAUCUCUGUGUCGUCUUAUGAAGUGUUUGUCGCAUCAUGAUUUUCUUUUAAAUUCUGCACCUCUAGCAGUCUUUCUUACAUGGGCACAUACAAACCAACAUCACCAAUGAAAUCUCUCCUAAAAGAACGUACUUAUCAAUAAAAUACUUAAUAUUUAUUAAUGAAUACUACUUAUUUAAAUUUAAGGGUGGUUUUGAAAUAGCAAGUAUGCAACGUGUGUAGGUAUGAAUGUCAGUUUUAAUGUGUAUCCUAUCAAGUAAAGUGUAUUAGGAGUUUUUUUUGAGGGGAGGGGGGUGGUUAUGGUAUUUAUGAUGUGUCUCUAAGUGAGGUGGUUGCCAUAAAAAUCUUUUGUAAGUCUUUUUUAUUGCUCAGCUGUUGCAAAAAAAACUUUAAAUGCUGUUAUAGUAUCUUCAAGGGUUUGAUCUAAUAAAGUUUCUGAACAUAUUGUACACCACCGACUUGUUUCCUGCAC